AUGACAACAUCCACCAUUAAACGGAGACGUUCUCCAUCGGCCCAUAGCCCACCACACGAUGAUAGUACUACCGACACAGUAGCGGCUACACCUGUUGCCGGUGCUGCCAUCAUUGCCAAAAAUGAUUCCGAAGAAUCUGAAUCUCUGGAUUGGACAGAAAAUAAUUAUAUAAAUCCAUUUAUACAUCGUUUGAAUAUCGAGAAUCGUGCCGAUUUAGCCAAGAUUUAUAUUCUCACUGCCCUCUUGGUACCCCUUCGCGUUGUGGGCUGUGUACUUUCACUGGUCUCCGCCUGGAUGUUUGCCUGCAUUGGCUUGUAUGGCACCACAGUCGAGGAGAUAAAUAAACGUCCGCUAUCCGGUUGGCGCAGAAACAUUCAGACCUUGGUGGCCUCGGCUAUGCGCAUGCUUUAUGCCGCCGGCUCAUUUCACUAUGUCACAUUCAAAGGUCAAAGAGCAUCACCCAAGGAAGCACCCAUUUUGGUAGUGGCACCACAUUCAUCAUAUGUGGAUUCAAUUGUUGUGGUCACAACCGGGCCACCGGCCAUUGUGGCGAAACGUGAAACAGCUGAUAUUCCAUUGUUGGGCAAAAUCAUCAAUUAUGCCCAACCCAUCUAUGUACAACGUGAAGAUCCUAAUUCACGACAAAAUACCAUUCGCGAAAUUGUCGAGCGGGCUCGAUCUGGUGAAGAUUGGCCACAGGUGGUCAUUUUUGCCGAGGGUACAUGUACCAAUCGUAAGGCUUUGAUUAAAUUUAAGGGUGGUGCUUUCUAUCCCGGCGUGCCGGUACAACCCGUCUUGCUACGCUAUCCCAAUAAAUAUGAUACAUUCACCUGGACCUGGGAUGGACCGGGAGUAUUAAAACUUCUUUGGUUGACCAUGGCCAGUUUUUAUAGUCGCUGUGAAAUUGAAUUUCUGCCCGUCUAUCAUCCAUCCGAGGAAGAGAAGGCCAAUCCCAAUUUAUAUGCUAAAAAUGUGCGAGAAGUUAUGGCCAAAGCAUUGGGUGUCCCCACCUCAGAAUAUUCCUUUGAAGAUGUUAUUGUUAUGACCAGGGCACGUGACUUGAAAAUCCCCCUGUCUGGUGAUAUUGUUGAAAUUGAAAGAUGUUUAGAUAAAUUGAACCUUAUUAGUGCCACCCCAAUCUCGGAAUUAACCACAAAAUUCUCAAGCAUACCAAAUCGUGAUAAACUAGAUUUCUUGACAUUCUCAGAGCUAUUAGAAGUUAAUAUUAAAAAUCCACAUUUACAUCGUUUGUUCUCAGUAUUGGAUUAUCGUCAUGCGGGUACGGUUAGUUUGAAGAAUCUGUUAUUGUGUGCCCAUUUCUGUAAGAUGAGUAACGCCGAAACCAUUGAGUAUUUAAAAGCUAUAACAAAUAUUUACACAGAAGAACGUGAUCAAAUAACACGACCGGAAUUAGCCAAAAUUCUUAAACAUGCCAACCUCAGCAAAUUUACCACAGAAAAAAUUGAUGCUCUCUAUGUGUCAAUUGAUGUUACAAAUCGAGGCAAAAUCACAUUUGAUGAAUUUGAGAGAUAUGUUCGUGACAAAUCCGAAUUCAAGUCGUUGUUUAAGAAACACGAUCACGUUCGAAGGAAACUGGCCAGCAAAUAG